AUGUCCAAAUUCUUGUCAGCCAAUCAGGAUGACGAUUACACAGAAUUCUCUUUUCUGUCCAAUAAUAUCUCUAUAAGUGUAUUCACUGUCUUGAACAUCAAAAACAUAUACAAAAGACCGGUCAGUAAUUUUAAGAUAUUUUAUCCUAAAACGUCAACCCUUAUUGGUUGCUUGUCAAUUCUGAUUUCGGUUAUCAAUACUUUUAAAGUAGAACCAUCUAAAAUCAUCCUGUUGUGGUGGUUGAAGUUUAAGAAGUUUUUAAGAGGAAGAAUUGAAGAUUUGAAAUUAGGAACGAAGAUUCGUGAGAACUUGUGUAGUCCCAAUGAAGUAUUAACAUCGAAAGUAAAUGUGUUUAUGAGUUAUAAUUAUGCUUAUAAUAAUCCACUGAUGUAUCCCAUAUUAUGGUGAUAUCAUCAUAUGAAAUAUAAUCACUAUCAUGCAUGCUAAACCUGUGUGUUAAAUAAUAAAGUAAUCGGUAGACACCUUU